AUGUUCGACCAAUCCUAUAUGUCGUCCUCACCUCUUCUAGUCCUCUCGGCGCAACACCACCCUCAAUCUUCCUUCAUGGACCACAACCCUCUGUCAUUUACCUCACAUUUUGGCAGCAAUCCACAAACACCAUCAUCUGCCUGGUCCAAUCGUCCAUACAAAAGCGUCCCAUCAUCAGGCGCAGGAAGAAAGCGCUCACGCGACGAGGCUGCCGAUAACCUCACUGAAGAUGAAUACUUCCCCAUCCAAGUUCCAACUCCUCAAUCUGAGAACGAAGAUGAGUGGGUAUAUGGUGAAGGCAUGACCCUCAUCAAGCCCAAUCGCAGUGGCAUUGCCAUCGAAGCAUCAAGUCAAACUGGCACAUGGGCUGAGGAGAAAGCCGAACAAGAAAAGGCACAAGCCGAAGCGCAAGCAAAGUUACUCUCAUCCAGCCCACAGAGACCCAUCAUUCGCGCCACCAAAAGUCAACGGCUUGAUUGCAGCGCUACACCAUCCAUCACAGAAGAGUCGAUGCAAAGUGGAGCUCUCAUGACACCUUCAGCUUCUUCACCAGAGAGACCAGGACUUACGGAGCCAACUAUUGAUGACUUCACGCGACAUCUCGGUAUUGGAUGGUCUCGAAUCAGUAGCGAUGAACACAUUCAAGCUGCCGCCAAAGGAUGGAGUCGCUUCAUUGAUAAUCACUUUCCCGUCACCAACGCCAAAAUCGCUCUUCAAAGCAAAGGUCUAGCCAGUUAUCUUGUCGAAGCAAGUGAGGGAUACUUUUUGUUCGACGAAGCUCUGAAGCAAGGUCGACUGGUAAGUACUAAUCUAGAAAUCGUGUGGGCUAACUUGCAGACUCCUGUACCCGUCUUCGAAGGACAAGUGGUCAUGGACGCCGCUGAGACACCCAAGCUCGUCGGAGUUUCCAGCAUCAAUAAUGAAACUCAGAUGGAAGAGGUCAACAUCGCUAUUAACGGAGUGCAGCCUCUUGAGCAAGGUAAUGAGGUUGAGAUGGAUAUGAGUUAA